AUGAGUUUCAACGCCACCAACAUUACCAUCAACGGCUACACACUUGCCGAGAGCAACUACAACCGAUUACUCUCUGGAAUUGUCAUCUCGUCCGUGUUUACAGCUUGUUAUUUAUUAUUGCUUGGUGCGAGUUUCAUUUACAUUGUGGUCAAGAAAUUUAAAAAAUCAAAUGAUGAUGAUGACCAGUUAAAGACCAACAUCAAUACGACUGGAAACCAGAAGAUAUCCCGAAGAGCAACUCUCAAAUCUAAAAUUUCAUCGCUAUUGGCGAGUCGAGAAUGGAAUGGUGAAAAGACAGCAUUUGUCACAUUCAUGGUUCUAUUUCAAUUAUAUGCAAUUAGUUUGUUUUGGAUCUUUUUCGAAUUUCCAAUCAGUGGAAAUUCAUAUUUCAAUAUUCAAGGAGAUUACAAGACCAUGAUUGAUGUCUCCUUGAUGGUUCUCUGUGGUCUAGGUUUUCUCAUGACAUGCUUCCGAUCGAAUAGUUAUCAAGGAUUAGGAAUGGGUUUUCUAUUGACAGCCUUCAGUUUUCAAUUUUCAAUUCUUUCUCAGGCCUUUUGGUACAAGAUUUAUGAAUAUUCACAAUUGGUUUCCAAUAACAAUACUCAAGUGUUCAAUACAAUCAUCUAUUUGGACAUGAGAUGGAUGGUUCAUGGAUUUUAUGGAGCCUUUUCAGUACUCAUUGCUUGUGGUGUUGUCAUUGGAAAGGUCACUCCUCUUCAACUUGUAACCAUGGCUUUUUCACACAUUUUCAUUUACAGUUUGAAUUAUUUUGUGUGCAUUUUGGUGUUGGGAGCUGUUGAUUAUGGAGGUUCCAUGUUCAUUCACUUAUUCGGAGCCUAUUUUGGAUUGAGUGCAAGUUGGGGACUUUAUAAAACAGUUCCACAUGUACCAAAUGAUUUUUCUGAAACAACUUCCAAAGAGAAUGAUUUAUUUGGAAUGAUUGGAACUGUUUUGUUGUGGGUAUUGUGGCCUUCAUUUAAUAGUGCACUAGUUCCAACCAACAAUUUGCAGCAAUUUAGAUCUCAAAUCACAACCAUCAUUGCCAUGGCUGGAAGUUGUUGUGCACAUUUUGGACUGUCACGUGCCAUUCGAGGAAAAUUCACAAUGAGAGACGUUCAAAGAGCCACAUUGGCAGGUGGCAUUGCUAUGGCAUCUUGUCAAAGUAUUCUAGUGUCACCUGGUGGUGCUCUCACCAUUGGACUUGUUGCAGGAUGUUUGAGUUGUUUCAGCGCCAUUUUUAUUGCACCGCUUUUGAAAUGGCUUAAAUUGCAUGAUUCUUGUGAUAUUCAUUCGACUCAUGGAAUUAUUGGCAUUUAUGGAGGAAUUGUCAGUAUUAUUGCAGUUGGAAAUCAGAAUGCAAAUCCAUCGAAUUUAAUUUAUGGACAAACAGUGAAUGAAUUAUUCUCUACCAAAUAUUUGACUCAAUGGGGUUAUCAAGUGUGUUGUUUAAUCAUUUCUUUGGCAUUGUCAAUUUCUGGAGGAGGUUUUUAUGGAUUUAUUUACAAUACAUGGUUCUUUACAUUACAAAAGAAUCAAUUGUUUGAAGAUGCUGCCUUUUGGAAUGUUCCAAUCAAGUCACUCAUGAUGGCAGAAGGAACGGAAAAGCCAACAACAGCUCAAUCAGAAAAGACAAAGACGAACCAUUCAGUGGAGAUGGUGAAUACCGUGUCCUCUCCUGUGGUUGAUCUCUCUGCAGUGGACCAGAAAUUAAAAGAACAAACUGACAAAUCGAAGAGUGAAAUUGAAAAAUUACUUUCACAACAAUUGCAAGAAAUGGAAAAGAAACAUCAAGCAGAAAUUCAGAAACUUCAAGAAAAUCACAAUUCAAGCAUGAAUGCAAGUGUACAAAGAAUUAACAAACUCGAACAAGAGUUAGCAAGCUUGGUUAAAACUAUCAACAUGGACCGUGAAUUGUUAAAACAAAGAGAAGAGGAAGAACGUAAACGAAGAGAGGAGGAAGAAAAGAGAAGAGUUCAGUGGGAAGAGCAGCAAAAACGACAAGAAGAGGAUCGUAAACGAAAGGAAGAAGAAGAACGCAAGCGAAAAGAAGAAGAGAAGCUGAGAGAAGAACAAGAAAGAAAGAGAAGGGAAGAAGAAGAGAGAAAACGAAGGGAAGACGAGAAACUGAGACAAGAACAAGAGAGAAGGAAACGUGAACAAGAAGCUGAAGAAGAACGUAAACGAAAGGAGGAAGAACGAAAUGCCAAAGAACAACAGCAAGAAGAGAAACCCAAGAUGAGUAGAAUUAUGGAAGAUUUAUUGGCCAAAUCCACUGCAACCGAAGAUAAGGAGGGUGUGAAAUUUCAAAAAUUCGAAGGUGUGAAUGUGGACUAUAAUUUCCUUAAUGCCUAUGACAUGUUUAGAUGUGAUGAUUUUAUUGAUGAUGAUGACGAUAAUUUGGAAUCGUCCUCAUUGACUCCAAGCUUGACACCACGAUCACGAAAAACAACUGAGGAGAAGGAUGAAGACGAUCACUCAAUUUCUGAGUAUGACAAAUUGAAAAAUUCAAGACAAAGAGCUACUAAUUAUAUUAUUCUUCACCAAGAUCCAGAAGACAACUCAAAAUAUCGAUUCCUCACUCGAUGCAAGAGUUUUGAUGAAGUAUUACCCUUGUUGACACCUGACACCAUGUAUCACAUUGUCAUGAGAGUAUUAUCUAAGGAAUCGAAGGGAAUUUCCUUGUACAAAUUCUUGGUUGCAUCCUAUGCAGGAGAAAAUAUUAGAGCCAUGCAAAGAGGUAUUUUCGCUGGCCAUUCCAACACACUUGGAAAAUUCUUGGGAAUUAUUUCAUUCCAAGUGAAGGAACAAGAAACGAUUAAGGAAGAAAUUCUUGAAAAGGUCAAGUCAGCAGCCACAGGCAAUGUUCAAAAUUGUACCUUUACAUUACUUUAA